AAGCUCAAGAAAUGACUGCUGGUUAAACAUUCCCUUGUGACACAUGAAUGACUAAUUGACUCCAUAUGAGUACUUUCCCCUUUAUGUUUGUUCAGCCAUCAUGACAACAAUAAAUGCACCAUGGUCUUUUAUAAAAACAAAAACACAUUAAUAUGGUUAUAUAAAUAUUUCCAAGUAUUCUGGGCAUUUCUUAAUGUGAUGGAAAUGAUUUGCACUUAAGAACAACACCUUCCAUUCAUUAAGACCAUUUAAAACGCUCGCAGUGGUCCAUAAUGGCUUUUUAAUUUUGAACCUUUUGAUAUUUAUGGCUUGCCUGUUUUGUUUUUGUAAGUUAUAUAAUAAAGUUUUAGCUUUACGAUUGCUAGCCAGUAGUUAACUGCAAGAGAUCCGGUUGGUCUAUGUUGACAUCACUCAAAUUCAUCAUGUUUUAACUACACAAGGUAUUUGUAAACAGUAUAGUUUAAUGAUAAGCAACCCUGUAGAACCACUGUAAUUUAAAAGAUAAAACAUGCCGAUCAUACUAAGUCAGAUGCCCUAGAAAUGCAUGCACACAAAGGCUCAUCCUGUGUAGUGAUAAUGAUAAGGUAGGGGUCCCGUCCUGACAGAAUCUAUGAAGCCAGGCUGUUAAAAUGCAGAUGUUUUGGCUUCUCACACAUGGCACUCAUACUCACAAAGCCUCAGGCACAAAACACAGCAUAACAUGUUGGUGAGACAUUAGACAAAGGUUCACUGUAUUGGCUUUGCACUGGAGGGCUGUGCAACUGUAUUCGUUUAUUGGAAUGUGAUCUACUGUGUAUAUUAAAGUGGCUCUACGAGGUACAUUAUACAAGCGACUGAAGCACACACAAAAGACAAAAAGACAGUGAAAAGUACAGAGGCUACAAUCAUAGGCAACUCAUAGUGACAAUGAGAGGCUGGAUUUUUCUGCUUUUGCUGGCAAGGCUUGUCAAUUUUUCCAUGACACAACAGACCAACUCUUUGACCUGGCUGAGUUAUUUGCGCAACCGAGCCUACAGUCAUGGUUAUGGCCGUAGUCACAAUAACAAUUUCGGCUCUCUAAGAACAGAGGAUGAGCCUUCUGUGCUGGACUGCCCUUUGGAGUGUGAAUGUCCUUCUACCUACCCCAAAGCAAUGUACUGCAACAACCGCAGGCUACAGCAUGUGCCAUUCGUACCAUCUCAUAUUGAGUAUGUAUACUUGCAAAAUAACCAGAUCACAAGCAUCACAAAUGGCGUCUUUGAUGAUGCUCCAAAUUUAGCUUGGAUCAGCAUGCACACCAAUAAACUGAGCUCUGACAAGAUUGGUGAAAAUGUCUUCGCCAAACUACCGAACCUUGAGCGCCUCUUUUUACACAACAACAACCUGAGCCGUGUUCCACAGGGUUUACCACGUUCCCUACGAGAUCUACACAUGAAUCACAACAAUAUUUCAGUAGUUCCGGUCGACUCUUUCCGUGGAAUGAGCAACCUGACGGCCCUGUAUCUCCAAAUGAACGCCAUUGAAGACCUCGGUAAUGCACUUGAGGAUCUGCUAUCCUUGACUCUGUUAGACUUGCGAGGGAACCGACUAAAGAAGAUUCCAGAAAGUCUCCCACCAAAGCUGAGCCAACUCUACCUUGAGUACAACCGUAUAUCCAGCAUUCCUGCUGACUUUCUGAGCCAACGGCCUGAGCUGCGCUUUGUACGGCUGUCCCACAAUCAGCUCACUAAUGGGGGAAUUCCAGCCAACGCUUUCAAUGUCAGCACACUUGUGGAACUCGAUUUGUCCUUCAACAAGCUGGAGAGGAUUCCCACUAUCAGCACCAGUCUGGAGAAUCUGUAUCUCCAGGCCAACAAAAUCAAAGAAUUUUCAGUGAGCAGUUUUUGCAGAGUUGUGGACACAAAGAACUACUCUAAUCUGCGUGUACUGCGACUGGACGCCAAUGAAAUCAGCGCCCAAGACAUACCCACUGAAGCUGUACUCUGUCUGCGUCUGGCAACCAACAUCGACCUGUAGGCCUGCCAACAAGUCAUCCACAGUAACCUCCAGUCAUAUGACCAUUGACAACAUCUUGCAAAUAAGAGUUUAGGUAUCAUUUGUAUUAUCUAUUUGAUAGUCAUGUGAUUUUGCCGUGUUUUAAUAAAGAAAUCACCCUACCAAUAUCAACAGAAAAGGCUAGGAUAACGAUUAUAACAUUAUAAAGUCAUUUGAUUUCUUUAGGUGUGAACAAGCCUUUUUAAAUGUAAAUUUCUGUUCUGUUUAUAUCCAUUUUACUUCUCAAUCAAUAAUGACAGGAAUGUUAAAUGUAGGUGUGAUGGGUAUGCAGUAAAAUGUAAUGAUUACCCAGCUAACAGGGAACGUUCUCAGAACUUUAGCUAAUGUUAUGAGCAAGCAUUCUUCUAAUAAUGUUAACAGAACAUAUGUUCAGACUUAUCUGUUUAAUAAUGUUCUCAAAAUGUUAGCACAAAAACAUUAUUUAUACAUUGUUCAUGGAACUUUUUUCUGAAACAUUUUAGUUGCAUGUUUGUCUGUUUUUUUUUUUAAUUUUUUUUUUUUAUAAAUGUUAUUACUUUUUCAGAGAACAUUCAAAAGUAACAUUUCCAUAAUGUUUGAAAAAUGAUAAAAUGGAAUGUUCCCUCACUGUGUUACUGUGUGCAUAACCCAUAAAUAAAUAAAUAACAUAAAAUUAAAAAAAAAAAAAAAAAAAAAACUGGACGUUUUAAAAGUUUAGAGAACAUUCAGAAAUAAUGUUUUCAUAACUCAAAGGCAAUGUUAGCAAAACGUUCUUAGAACAUAUUUUGUUAGCUGGGUAGUUGCUUGAAGCAAGCGUACUUGUAUACUGGGUGCAAGAGACAUGAUUAUUUUAUUAUUAUUUUAAAAUAUAGUAAAUGCAUGGUACAAAUAAUAGCAAAUGCAUGGUACAAAUAAUGGUGAAACUUGGGGUCUUUGCUUUGUAAUUAUAUGUCAUGAUUUCUGGCAGUGGAACAAGAUAAUAUGCCUGAAAGUUAAUCGCAUUAAGAUCACAAUUUGAGAAGUUAAAUGAGGAUGACCAAAAAUAUAAGUGCGUGAAAACUGAGGAAAGUUUAAAUUUAGAAAUUCAAUUCCUCUUAGAAUGUUAUGAAGACCUUGAGAAGCUCUUUAUGGACUAGCUGGACCAAAACAGUUUAUCUACACUACAACCUGGUCAAAGCUUGCAUCACUGCCAUUGCCAUUUAUCUAAUAACAAUAAAAUUUAUAAUAAAUAAAUAAUAGGGGAUUUCUUUCUUUCUUUAAAAAAAAAAGAAAAAAAAAGGAAUUUAUUUUCUAAACCUCACCUUGUCACAGUAAAUAUGUUUAUGGUGAUGCAUUGUUGCUUGGGAAUUUUUUGAGCUAUCUUUAAUCAGAUGAACUUUAGCAUUUACCCCUGAGAAUGUGCUAAUCCCAGUCAUAUUCAUUAGCUUUAAUAAACAGCCUUGACCUUCAAUGAGAGCUGAGGGGAGCUGGCUCCGCGAGGACAGUGUUAACAUUAAUUACUGGAGAUGAGUUUGUCACACACUGCCCAAAGGAGCUGAUGAAAUGUCAACAUAACCUGGCGGAACAUGAACAUUCAGUUUAAGUCCUGCUCUGGGGUCUCUGAGCAGUCACACCGAAGAGAGCAACUUCACCCAAACAUUCAGUCCCAAUCCCUAUAAACCUUUUUAAUUUGAUUUGAAGUCAACAGUUAAAGUCAGUGUAACUUAUUGACAUUACUGAAAAACUGUGUAUGACAUGAAAGCUGCUCUCCACCAUUACUAAACCUCUAAUUUGACAAACAUUGAGCAAUUGUGCAUUAAAUAAAUAUCAAGAAAUCUAAAAGUGCAGAGCUCAUACAUACAUAAAAGAAAUAAAUGUUGUUGAAUAAAAAUACUUGUUGAUUCAUACAUGUUUGUUUAACCUCUGAGGGGAGUACAAAUUAUUCAAAUAUGUUCAGGUACAAAAA